AUGAAUGUCAGACGCUCACCACCUGGAAAAAGUAACUCGUACACUAAUUUAUCGUCACCUAAUAACGAGUUUACGAUUCAACAAAUUACGAAACAACAAAUUACUCAUAGAAAACGCAAACAGCCAGAACAUAGUAUUUGCAAUUGCAAUUGUUCGUCUGAAAUUCAAGAGUUACGUAAAGACCUUACAACAAUGCUACAAAAAUUCACAGACACGCAAGAAACAACAAUGACCCUCAUGCGUGAAAAUAUAGUAGAUAUGAGAACCCAGUUAAAUGAUAUUAAAGAAGCUGCUGUAAACCUGAACAACGAGCAAAAAUUAAUGAAGACCCAGCUGUCAGAUCUAGUAAUAAAAACAAACUAUACAGAUAAUAAAAUCCAGACAUUGAUGACAGAAAUUAAACAGAUAAAUAACAAAACUAAUGCUAAUGAGUCUGAAAUCAUGUUAAUUAAAAGUAAGACUGCCAUAAACUUACACUCAUCUGGCCUUGGGGAAAAUAUAAUGCAAGAAAUACAAGAUCGUACAUCCAGAGAAAGAAAUAUCAUCAUAGUGGGUUUACAAGAGGGAAAUGUGACUAACACUGUUGAUACAUUUUCUGAAACUGAUGAUUCGGAUGGUGCAGAAGAUCAGUGGAAAAAAGUUAUCUGGUCUCAACAACCAAACAUGGAUGAUUUUGACCGUGUUCGUUUACAAGGAACUCAAUUCCUUUCAUCCCAGACAAGGCCUACAACAUAUUUCACACGUUUCUUCAACGACGAUAUUUUUACACAUAUUGUAACACAAACCAAUCUCUAUGCAGAACAAAAUCAAAGUCGUAACUGGACACCUGUUUGUUGUGAUGAAAUUAAAGCUUUCAUAGGCAUAAUAAUUCUAAUGGGGCUCCAUCCAUUACCGACUGUUGAUUUAUAUUGGGCUAGCGAUCCAUUUUUCCGCGUAGAUGAAAUCGCAUCCAUAAUGCCAAUCAAAAGAUUAAAAAAAAUCCUCGAAAACCUGCAUUUGAAUAAUAAUGAGCAAACGCCUCAAAGAGCUGCAACAAAUUUUGAUAAAUUAUUCAAAGUAAGACCAAUACUGGAUUUGCUGAAUAUUGCAUGUCAUCGAGAAGCGAAAACAACAUCGUCACAAUCAAUAGAUGAAUCGAUGAUUCGAUUCAAGGGACGUUCAACACUAAAACAGUACAUGCCCUUCAAACCCAUCAAGAGAGGAUACAAAGUUUGGGUAAGAGCUGAUAGCAAAACUGGUUAUGUUUCCGAAUUUAGCAUUUACACUGGUAAACGUGAAGACCAAGCUCCUGAAGUCGGUCUAGGAGUCAAAGUAGUGAAAUCUCUCACACAAAAACUCAUUGAUCAAGGCUUCCGAGGACAUGUAGCUUUUGACAAUUUCUUUGCAUCUUAUGAGCUCUUGCAAUAUUUGUUUGAAAACGGAAUAUAUGCCACCGCAACCGUCAAUUCUGGGAGAUCUGAUUUGCCACUAAUACUAAAAACCGCUAAGAAAAAGAAUGUAUCAAGACAAAAAAAAAUACAUUUAGAGAGGUGA